AUGGAGACCAUUCAUUGUCGAGCCGAGGACGAAGAAUUUAAAAGCAUAGACAAUGUUUUGUUUACGCGUCGACCUAAGCGGCGUCGAGCAUUGAGCUCGGCAGAACGAAAGAAACAGCUAGAAACUGCUUUUCUACAACCGCCAAAAGAAAUCCCAGAGAAGCUUGUUGAACGAACCCAACAGCGCUGGGACCUGGAAGUGGACAAAUCGCUCCUGUUCGAAAUCGACGCUCCCGACAUCGGUACCCAGACACUCUUUUACCGAGGAGGCAGGAACUUCCAAAUCAUCGCCUACGAAGAGGUCGCAGCGCCCAGGGAUAUAGGCGGUGAUAACCAGGACAUCAACCCUAACGCUGCACUCUCGAUUGGCAGCGGCAGUGCCAACGGCGCUGGUGCCGAUGCCGAAGAGCAAUGGCUUCAAAAAUCCAUUCUUGCCAGGGAAAGCACCAGGACCGAUGCGUCUGGGUUGCAGAGGAUCGUUCAGGCAGGCUCAGGUGGCCUCCUAGCCGUGGCACCGGGGCUCCAGCGCGGCAUCCGGUUCUCGGACGAGCGGCCAAGGCCGAAGCCAAAACCCGGAAAGAUGCCUAUACACGACGCAGACACGACGAAGGAGAUUGAAGGUGAUCUUGAGCGAUCUUCAGUGGAGGAUGAUGCAGCCGCUAUUGAGACUGGAGCCGCCGACGGAUCAAACAACACGACACGGGCCGAAAAUAAUGUUGAUGACAAGGACGUUGACGGUGACGCCGACGAAAGUAUUGCUCGGUUUGAUGCCGAUGUGGACGAGCUCUUGCCUGUCGAAUUUCCUUCCUUGCAAACAAGCGAGCCACUUGGCUCUAUGGUGGCAAAGAAAUCCCGCAGGGAAUGGGCUCAUAUGGUCGAUCUCGAGGCCGAAUCGUCGAAUUUCCGCAGCCUCAUUCCUGGCCAGAUGGCACGCGAGUGGCCGUUUGAGCUGGAUCCGUUCCAGAAAGAGGCAAUCUACCAUCUCGAGUCUGGCGAUUCUGUUUUCGUGGCCGCGCAUACGUCUGCGGGCAAAACAGUCGUUGCCGAAUAUGCCAUCGCCCUGGCUCAGAAGCACCAGACAAAGGCCAUCUACACGUCCCCGAUCAAGGCUCUGAGCAAUCAAAAGUUCCGAGACUUCAAGACCAUAUUCGACGAUGUGGGCAUCUUAACUGGCGAUGUGCAGAUCAACCAAGAAGCUAAAUGUCUCAUCAUGACAACGGAAAUUUUGCGCAGCAAACUUUACAGCCAGUCCGAUCUGCUACGGGAGGUGGAGUUUGUUAUUUUCGACGAGGUACACUACGUGAGUGACUCGGAACGUGGUGUGGUGUGGGAAGAGGUCAUCAUCAUGCUUCCGGAGCAGGUGUCGCUCAUCUUGCUGUCCGCCACCGUGCCGAACACGUAUGAGUUUGCUUCUUGGGUCGGUCGCACCAAGAAACGAGACGUGUAUGUCAUCAACACCCCAAAGCGGCCAGUACCCCUCGAGCACUACCUAUGGAGCGGGAAAACGAUCCAAAAAAUUGUUGAUUCCGACAGGAAAUGGGUAGAAAAGGGCUAUCGGGAGGCAAAGAUGAUUGCCUCCGGAGAGACAACGACAGGUGGCGGUGGCAGUACCGGCGGUGGAAGCAGUUCGGCCCGUGGCAUCCCUAUACGUGGCGGAAACAGCCAGCAACGGGGAGGCAGCGGCCGUGGGGGAGGCGGCCGUGGCGGCCGCGGCGGAAAUGCACGAGGCGGUGGCAACGGCCCCCCUCGAGCGUCACACAAUCCUGGACAUAUGGGCCGCGCCGGCCGGGCCACUGGCGGUUCCUCCAUCGCGCAGGAAAAAACUCUAUGGCUUGACGUUGUCCGGUACCUACGCAAGGCGUCACUGCUGCCGGCCUGUAUAUUUGUCUUCUCCCGAACACGAUGCGAAGAAUACGCCAUGUCGCUCAGCAACCUGGACUUUUGCGACGCGGGGGAAAAGACACGUAUUCACUCAAUCUACGCCAAGUCCAUUGCGCGUCUGACCAAAGAAGACCAGGAGCUGCCACAGAUUACGCGCCUGCGCGACAUGGCCACACGGGGCAUUGCCGUCCACCAUGGCGGCCUUCUGCCCAUUGUGAAGGAGAUUGUGGAGCUGUUGUUUGCCCAGUCGCUGGUCAAGGUUCUCUUUGCUACCGAAACCUUUGCUGUUGGCCUGAACUUGCCCACACGCACGGUUGUGUUCUCCGACCACCGCAAAUUUGACGGUACGAGGCGCCGCAUACUCUCGCCUGGCGAGUACACGCAGAUGGCCGGCCGGGCAGGUCGCCGCGGCCUCGACACUGUGGGCACCGCGAUCAUCGUAUCGACCAGCGAAAACCGCGACAUUCCUGCGGCCGAGACACUCAAAGGAUUGAUUCUGGGUCAACCCACACGCCUUACGUCGCAGUUUCGCUUGACGUAUAACAUGAUCCUCAGCCUCCACCGUGUCGAGACACUCAAGGUCGAGGACAUGAUGAAGCGCUCCUUCUCCGAGCAUGCGACCCAAAAUGGUCGCUCCGAGGACGAGGAGCAGAUUCGGCUGUUGGAGAAGGACCUUGCGGCACAGGUUCAGUCGCGGGAGGUUUGUGAAGCAUGUGGGAACACGAUGGGUUCCUGCCAUCUCGCAGCAGAAACGUAUCGGCAGGACACAGCACAAAUGUACCAGAAGCUGCUCAAGACUCCUGUCAUUGGGCCAUCCGUCUUUUGCCAGGGCCGCGUUGCCGUGUUUGUCAACGAACAGGGCGUGCAUGCCAUCGGCGUCAUCACAGACGGCCUGUCAACACUGGCGAUGGAAAGUGAAACACCAUCCGUGGGCAUGGCUGAGGUUGUGCCCCCAAGAAUGGCCCCUGAUGAAACAGACAAGCUGUCUUUCGUCCCUCCCCUCCGGGGAUAUUGGCGGCCGGCCGUUGCUCCGGGUGCUUCCAAGCUGCGAAUGCGCAGAGUGCAGGUACCAUUGGGCAAAAUUGAGCAUCUCUCGCAUCACGUGGUAUCCAUUGGACGGCGGCCCGACGAGCUUCUGACAGACAUCGAGGCCCAGCUUACUGGCUUGGACUUAUCAUGGUCUUCUGCUGUGUGGGACGAGGUCAGCCUUGAAAAGGUUCGGGACGUUGACGUGGUUUGGUACAUGGAUGACCGUGUGGCCAAGGCAAGGGCGGUUGCUGAGUCUCCUGCGCUCGACUGUCCUAACUUUGUUGAGCAUUAUGCAGCGCGCCAUGACGAGUGGCUGAUCCGGGACAAGCUCGCAGACAUGCGGAGAGCCGUGGACGACUCGAAUCUCGCUUUGCUGCCCGAAUAUCAGAGCCGCAUAGCGGUUUUAAAGCACCUUGGCUUUGUCAACGACAGCUCCGUCGUCCUCCUCAAAGGCCGUGUGGCGUGUGAGAUUCGCACAGCAGAUGAACUGGUCCUCACCGAGGUGAUCCUGAACAACCUGCUUGCCGGGUUGGAGCCAGCGGAGAUUGCUGCGCUGCUCUCCAUCUUCGUGUACCAAGGCAAAGACGACCAAGAACUCGAGACUGCGCCGUUCAUCUCAAACGGCCUCACAAAAAGCCUGUCAGAAGUGUAUCGCAUUUGGAAGGACGUCAUCCGCACCCAGGAGCAGCUCCACGUCAUCUCUGCCGGUGACGAUUCAGAACGGUCGUCAAAGCUACACUUUGGCCUUAUGGAGGUCGUAUACGAGUGGGCGAGCGGCAGCCCCUUCAAGACAAUCGCCGGCAUGACAGCAGAGCAGGAGGGCACCAUUGUCCGCACGAUCACGCGCCUGGAAGAGACAAGCCGCGAGGUUAGAAACAUUGGACGGAUUGUCGGCGACACAACACUGGAGACGAAGAUGAAUGGUGUCAAGGAAUCCAUCAUGAGGAACAUUACAACGGUUCCUAGUUUGUAUCUGUAG